GCGCCAGGUUAUGGUUCCUGUAUUGACAUUUUGAAUUCUUGUUUGUCAUAUUUAUUUUGUCAUGGCACAACAAAUAACUUCACUAUUGUUUAUACAAUGUGAUUGGAGUAAUAUUCUCAGUGAAGUUGGAGCAGAGGCCUGGGUUUCUUGCAAACACAAAGAUAAUCCAGGAAUUCAUGGCAAAAUUCGAACUGUUACUAGUCUUCCUAGUAAACCUUCUCUGACUAUUUCAGAAGGUUUUAAAAUAGAAGAUUUAACACGCAGCAGUAUUAUAAUAAAACAUGAAAAUUCUUAUUCCACUGUAUUUCUUGCUCCUCAUCGAAUUUACAAAGGAAUACAUAAAGGCAGUAUUGAAUCACUAGAUGUUACUAACGAAGGUCUAGCAGUUUCCUCAUCAUCUGCAGGCCAGCUAUUGGUUUGGGAUACUAGAACAGGAGAAACAAAGAUAACACUAUCUGGGCAUGUGUCUGAGAUUUAUAAAUGUCGAUUCUUUCCAUCAGGGAAAGUGGUCUUGUCUUGUGGUUCUGAUAUGUCCCUAAAAAUUUGGUGUGCUAAAACAGGAAUAUGCCCUGUUACACUUACUGGACAUAAAAUGGCUGUUACUGAUAUUGAUUUUGUAAACCGAGGAAAAAAUGUUGUUUCAAGUAGCAAAGAUGGUACCAUAAAAUUAUGGCAUUGUGGACAAGCUUCUUGUAUUGACAAUAUUACUACUGUCACUUCAAAUGUUAACUGUUGCAAAAUAUUUGAAGCACCAGCCUAUUUAAAUUUGGGGGAGCGUAAAUCUCAAAUAGAUGAUGCAGAAGUUGAUACCGGAAACAAGAUUUUAUUAUUUGGUUGCGAAGAUGGAACUGUUCACUGCUAUGGACUUGAAAGCCGUGAAUGUCUCUUCAAAAAAUCUGUAGAGUCUGCAGUGAAUUGUAUUGCCUUCGUUGGUAAAGACCAUUUUGUUAUAGGCUGCCAAAAUGGACAAGUUAAUCUGUAUAAUUUAAAAGACAUAGAUAGCUUUAAAACUUGGCAUGAAUCAAAUAGUGCUGUAUUAAAUAUCAAAGUUUACCAAAAAGCAGGAUUUUUUAUUUCAAGAGGAGAUGGUACAGUUUUUUUCACUCCAGAAAAUGGAUAUUUGAAACGGAUAUCACUUACAGGACCAAAUUGUGAUCCUGUGUAUGAUGUUGCUACGGAUGGAAAAAAUAUUUAUACUUGUUGUCGAGAUGGUGUUGUAAGGUUGUACCACGUUGAAAAUGCUGUAAAUUAUGUUACCAACAAAUCAUAAAAUGAGAUAAAACUGUGAUAUUUUAAAUAUGUUUAUGAUUGAGUCAUAUGUAUUUUUUUUUUUUGUAUUUCAAAAAGUUUUCACGGCUACAUAAGAAUGCUUUAGAUUAACA